CUCUCCCUCUCUCUGUUUCUCCUGCUACCCAUGUGUGCAUGGUACAGAACUUCACAUCGAGACCUCAGUUCACACAGGAAAGGCAACAACUUUCUGCAGUUUUAAAAACACACCUGGACUAAAGGAAGACUUAAGAGGACUUUUUGAAAACUUCUUGGAAUCCAGACAGCUUUUAACUUUUGCCCAAUGGAUCCCACGGAAUACCCAGACAGCUAUGAUUAUUAUGAAGACAACGAGACAGCGUGUGACUACUCAGAGUGGGAGCCAUCCUACUCACUCAUCCCUGUUCUCUACAUGCUCAUUUUCAUCCUAGGUCUGUCUGGAAACGGGAUGGUCAUCUUCACCAUGUGGCGUUCGGCCAAGUCCAAGCGCCGUGCUGCAGAUGUCUACAUUGGUAACCUGGCUCUGGCUGACCUGACCUUUGUGGUGACCCUGCCACUGUGGGCUGCGUACACGGCCCUUGGGUACCACUGGCCCUUCGGUGUGGCACUCUGCAAGAUCAGCAGCUAUGUGGUGCUAGUGAACAUGUAUGCCAGUGUCUUUUGCCUCACUUGCUUGAGCUUUGAUCGUUACCUGGCCAUUGUGCACUCACUGAGCAGCAACCGUCUUCGAUCCCGAGGCACAGUGAUGGUAUCACUUGGUGUCAUUUGGCUGCUUUCUGGGACUCUUGCUGCGCCCACUCUGCUCUUUCGUACCACAGUGGAUGAUGCCGUCAGCAACCGCACCACCUGUGCCAUGGACUUCAGCCUGGUGACCCUGAAUCAACGCCAUGAGUCACUUUGGAUCGCAGGUUUGAGCUUGUCAUCCUCAGCUCUUGGCUUCUUACUCCCUUUUAUGGCUAUGACUGUGUGCUACUGCUUAAUUGGCUGCACGGUGGCACGCCACUUUGGCCACCUACGCAAAGAGGACCAGAAGAAGCGGCGCCUCCUGAAGAUCAUUACCACCUUAGUGGUAGUGUUUGCCCUCUGCUGGACGCCUUUCCAUGUUCUAAAAAGCAUGGAUGCUCUGUCAUAUCUGGGGCUGGCUCCAACAUCCUGUGGUUUUCUCCACUUCCUGCUGCUGGCACACCCGUAUGCUACCUGCCUGGCGUACAUCAACAGCUGUCUCAACCCGUUCCUCUAUGCCUUCUUUGACCUACGCUUCCGGUCACGGUGCCUCUGCCUCCUCAGCCUGAAAAAGGUUGUGCACGGUCACGUCAGCUCUGCCUCAUCCACACUCAGUGCACAGACCCAGAAGUCCGAGUUGCAUUCGCUUGCCACCAAAGUGUGAGGUGAAAGAGAGCAGAAGGAGACUAGGGGAAGUAUAAAAAGUGGAGGUGAGAAGAGUAAUGGGGAGCAACCAGACGGCUGGUCCAUUCUGGUGGCUUGACUCAUCCAGGCUGAGCCUCAAAGAAGAAUAUUAUAAUUACUAAAAAGAUAAAGGACUUUUGAGUCUCUCUAUGUAUCCAUGUCAAGAUAUGGUCCAUAUUAUGUACAGUGUAUAGAUAAUACUCCCAGGGUUGUGUAUUCUACUGUAUGAACAGUGGUGUAUAAGUGUGUGUAUGCGAACUGCAUGGGGAGGACUUUUGAGGAGAAACUAUUUUUGCAUCCUGCUUCAAUUUCCAAAACUCCACCAAGGUGACAACAGAGAAAUCUAAGACUUCCAUGUGAUUCUGUGAAUGUGUGAGUGUUUAUGUACACUGGUCUAUGACUACAAAUUGUACAGUAUUUUCAUACUUCAAAAACAUCUUUAGCAUCUGUAGCACUUGUGUAAAGUGAAGAUAAAAAUGUAUGAGUUUGUAUAAUGAGCCCUUCUUACUGGCUGUGCUCGUGUGUUUGCUGAUGAAAGCUUCAAAGCAUGAAUGUGUGUGUGUGUGUGUGUGUGUGUGAGUGUGUGUAUGCAGGGGGGCAAGUAACUAAAGUAAAGGUGUUGCAGCUUAAUUAGAUAGUUUAAAGAGUGGUCAAAGACACAGGAGGAGGAGGAGGUGGAGACGGGGCAGACAGACAGAUGGCAGCUGACAAAUGUCUCUUGGAACGGGAGGCAGGUGAGGAAGGCAGGAGGGGGUCAGUGUGGUGGAGCACUCCAGAUAAAGUCGGGCUCAUGAAAUCUUUUUUUUUUUUUUCCCUGAAUUUUCUGUAACUAACUACUGUAUUAAAUAUAUUAUGAAGCAAA